UUUGUAUAUUGUUAAAUUGUGUACAAUACGUCUUCUUUUAUUGUACAUUUUCAUUUUCAUUCUGAAAGCUAGUGUUUUUCAUGACUCACUAGUAUAAUUUAGGGCCUAUUUAAUUAAAAUAUUUUAAGUAAUUGUGCUUUAAUUCAUUUUAAAUUCCUUUCAUUUCUUAUCGAAUUUGUUUAGUAAGCCGUUAACCAUUAUCAAGUUUUUGUUUAUAUAUAUUCCAUUAAAAUGAGCUACCGAGACACCUACUCAAUAUAUCCGAGAUAUCAUUCAUACAGUGCGGCUAAAGAACAGCGAGUAGGCUCCUACCCAAGGACAAUAAUGAAUUAUGGGUCGACGCCAUCUUCUGUUUUGAGUUCGCUGUCGUCUUUCCGCUCCAGGCCUUACACUGGCUUAGGAGUCAGCCAGUACAGUCCUACACCAGAUGUCAACGAAGUCUACCCAGGCUUAUUCGUCGGAGAUGCGGUGGCGGCGAAAGAUAAAGCCUUUCUUCGACGAAUGGGCAUCAACUACGUGUUAAACACAGCUGAGGGCAAACGAUACACUCAAGUUGACACAGACCACCUAUACUAUGCCGACUAUCCUGGACUACGGUACAAAGGCUUCCAGCUAAUGGAUCUCCCAACGACGGACAUAUCGAAGUACUUCCACAUCGCCGCGAACUUCAUCGAUGAAGGAUUAUCUCGUGGAGGUCGCGUGCUCGUGCACUGCAUGAUGGGUGUUUCAAGGUCAGCGACUUGCGCAAUCGCCUUCCUAAUGAUAAAACGAGGCAUGACCUUAACCGAGGCGCUCGCUCUAGUCCGCUCCCGCCGCGACAUUCAUCCCAACGACGGUUUUGUUCGCCAACUUCAAGAGCUAGACAGGGAACUUCGCCUGUCUAGGGUCCGCUGACAUCAAACCCCUCUCCCGCCUUUCUACAGUUUGUCUCUCGAACAUGGAAGCUCUCAUUUACGCGUUCGAAGUCUCGACCGAACUUACAAUAGUCGAUAUUAGUUUUUUUCGAUUCGGUCCCAUCUUACAACGAUUCGGAGUUUGCGAACUGAAAUGAAAUUAUUUAUAUUUUUUUUAAACUGUU